GAAAAUAUCUGGCAUCUCUGGUUGGAAGAACAUGACGAGCAGCCAUUUUACCUCACCCAAGUCAUAUUCGUGAACGCAGUGUGUCUAGGUGCCUGUGGAAAAUUUUCUUGAGUAUCCUGAAUAAGAGCAGUCGUUUCUGCUGAACCCCAAAGACGUGAAAUGGCACCAGCAGCACUGCCGUUGAAGGCGGCCCCUUUCGAUCCUCGCUUCCCGAAUACCAAUCAGACCAAGUACUGCUACCAGAGCUAUCUGGAUUUUCACCGUUGCGAGAAGGUGAAAGGCAAGGGCGAUAAAGUUUGCAAGUACUUUAAGGACGUGUUCAAUGACUUGUGUCCAAAUGCGUGGGUUGAAAAAUGGGAUACCCAGCGUGCCGAAGGAACAUUCGCUGGCAAAAUCUAAAUUCGACGGAUUCUCAUUAGUACAUGCUGAAAGCACAGCCAUUUUAAGGGGGGUUAGGGGAACGUUACAGUUUGCUAGUGGCUUGACACGACAUGAGUGAGGGCAUCGAAUACAGCUAGGAUUUUUUGUUUAUUUGGUUUUGGUUGGAAAUUGGGCGGGAAACUACAAUUGGACACUUUGAUGUAUGGCUAUUUAUUUACUGGAUAGUUAAUUUGAUUUUGUAGUUUUCUGUGUAAACUGAAACAACAUUUACUUGGAAAGUGUUUUCGAACUAGACGAGAAAUAAAAAGAUGGCUGUUAAAUAA